AUAUUGCGCAAUUCACUGUAAACUUGGCGCUAAAAUUGGACCCAAAUCUUUCUCAAGACCUCAAAGAAUACAAAAAGUUCCCAAGAUGCCAAAGCCGGCGAAGAAUAGACAGGGACGAAAGAGAAAGGCCCAAGGAAGCACAUCAGCAGAGGAAACAGCAGCUGGGAAUCUCGCAGAUGUGUUCCAGGAGGAUCGAGAGAAAGCCUCCAAAUCCAUCAUUGGAUUCAGAUUUAUUAAACGGAGAGUACAAAUAUUGACGGAAACAAAAUUGACAAAGGAGAAUAGUUCUGGGAUUGUUUACUGGAUGAGUCGGGAUGCACGGGUGCAGGACAAUUGGGCGAUGCUGUUUGCCCAGAAGUUGGCAAUUAAGAACAAAGUUGCCCUUCAUGUGGUUUUCUGCCUCCUGCCAUCGUUCUUGGACGCCACCCUGCGGCACUACAAAUUCCUCCUGGCUGGGCUGAAGGAAGUCUCCGAGGAGUGCUCAGAGCUCAACAUUCACUUUCACAUUGUACAUGGCCAGGAUGCCAUUGUAGCCUUUGUGGAGGAGCACAAUAUUGGUGGGGUUGUUUGUGAUUUUAGCCCACUAGAUUUUGCCCGGAAGUGGGUUCAGGAUGUACGCGAUGGGCUUCCCGAUGACGUUCCUCUGUGUCAGGUUGAUGCGCACAACAUUGUCCCUGUCUGGGUGACUUCCAACAAGGUUGAAUUCUCAGCUAGAACCAUAAGGAAGAAAGUAACAAUGAACCUGGAGGAAUUCCUCACGCCCUUCCCACCAGUUAUUGCACAUCCCUUCAAGUCAGACUUCUCCGCGGAGAAAAUCUCAUGGAAUGGCUUGCUGAAGUACCUCAAAGUCGACAAGACCGUGGAUGAGGUGGAUUGGGCAACUCCAGGGUACAAAGCAGCUCUCAAAGUUCUCCAGGAAUUUGUAGAUGAUCGCCUGGAGCGCUAUGCCGAUAAGAGGAAUGACGUCAAUGCAAAUGCUCAGUCAAAUCUCUCCCCAUGGUUCCAUUUUGGCCAAAUUUCCGUUCAACGGUGCGUCCUGUACGUGGAGCAGUUUAAAAGACAAUUCCCCGAGAGUGUUGCAGCUUUCUCUGAGGAGGCCAUCGUUCGGCGGGAAUUGGCGGAGAAUUUCUGCUUCUUCAGUGAGAAUCAAUGCUCCUUCGAGGGGCUACACAACUGGGCUAAAACCACACUGAAUGCCCACAGGAAGGAUAAGCGAGAGUAUCUCUACACACGGAAGCAGUUUGAUGAUGCAGAGACUCACGAUGAGCUGUGGAAUGCUGCACAGAUACAGAUGAAGCAGGAGGGGAAGAUGCACGGAUUCAUGCGGAUGUACUGGGCAAAGAAGAUUCUCGAGUGGACAAAGAGCCCCGAGGAAGCCAUUUCCUUUGCAAUCUACCUCAAUGAUCGCUACAAUAUCGAUGGGAGGGAUCCAAAUGGUUUUGUGGGCAUUCUGUGGUCCAUUGGGGGCCUCCAUGAUGGACCAUUUAUGGAACGCAAAGUUUACGGAAAGAUUCGCUACAUGGCUCUAAGUGGGUGCAAGAAGAAAUUCAAUGUGAAGGAGUAUGUUGAGCGAUAUGUUGGAGAGACCCAAGAAUCCCCAGAGGUGAAGAAGAAAAGGAAGAGGAAUUGAAGAAAAUCAUUCAGUUUAUUUGAGAAGAAUUCAAUCAAAUUGAUUUUUGUGAAUAAAAAUUAUAAUUCUGUACGAGAGAGUAAGAUAUUUUGGACAUUAUUCAGCUGUUAAAAAUUGUAAGAAUUUAUUAAAAAUAAAAUACAUGAAUUAAGAUAAAAA